AUGAAGCCCAGGUUUGAGUACGAUGCUCAAGGACCGAGCAUCCUUGGGGACGGAUGGUAUUGUAUGUACAAAACGCAAGAGCCUGUUAGCUUCAAAAUAGACCAUUUCGAAACGGCUAUGUUAAAUGUUAUUCGUCAGCCCAAUAUAAACUCUACAGUUAUCUUAAGAGCGGACAUGUUGAAGGAAUGGUUGUAUGAUGUGAAAACGGGUGAGCGUCUUUCCUAUGAGGCGCAGAAUUACGAAGUCACCGACGCUGAUGCUCAAACAAUUAAUUUGGACGACUUGGAGAUUAGACAAGUUAAGGUGCAUCCCGACCUGGGUUUAUCCAUAAAACGAGCCAUGGUAAGAAGAAUUAUCCCUCGAAAUCCUUACAAAGAUGCGAUCAUAAAUCAAACCUGUCUAGUAAUGAACUCAAGACAAUUUGAUGAAACCUCGCUGAUUGUGUACACCCCACAUUUUGAAAGGAAAGAACAAUGUCCGUUUUACAUUCCACAAGUGCGCGUCGUAGCAAUUUUACUUCAUAAAGGACAACUCUCGGUACACUAUAUUCCUUUUGAGAUUGAAGAUGUUGCUGAGCUCCAUGAUGAGACGCAACGGGUAGUUAGAACUGCUUUACGGCUGCUCCAAACUGCGCACAAGCAUUCUACUGGUGUCAAAGCAGGUUAUGAAAAGAAAGUAACUCACGAUCUAGUAGUAAACAAAGUUGCAUUUCAAGAUAGGUAUAUUGCAUUGAAGAAAAAGUACUCUAGGUUUCUCGUGGAUAACUGGGCGGAAAGUACAGAUCCUAAGAAACAUGUUUUUGAAGACAUAGCCAUUGCUGCGUUUUUAAUUGAGCUGUGGAUUAAAGUUUACGGGAAUAAUUUUAAGGAAAAGGUGGAAUUCAGGGAUCUUGGCUGCGGAAAUGGUGUACUUUGUUACUUACUUAUCAGCGAAGGAAUCCGUGGUAUCGGUAUUGAUGCGAGACAGCGUAAGUCCUGGAAAAUAUAUCCUGCUGAAGUGCAAAACCAAUUGAAGGAGCAGGUAAUUAUCCCCGCAAUUCUGCUCAGACCGCAUCCACAAGUGAAAAAACGGGCACCGCAACUUGAGCAUAACGGGAGGUUUUUUCCAAUUCAAGUGCACGAUAAAAUUGCACCUGCAACUGUCCUAUACUCUAGUGCAGAUCUUCUCAAAUCUCCCCAUGUGAACAUCACUGAGUUUCCUAGAGACACUUUCAUUAUUGGGAAUCACUCAGACGAAUUGACAUGCUGGAUACCUCUCCUUGGAUAUCCAUUUAUGGUGAUUCCAUGUUGUUCACACAAUUUCUCUGGUCAAAGGAUGAGGUAUGGUGUGAGAAAAGAUCAAAACAAAAGCAGCAACAGUACAUAUGCAGGUCUUGUGGAUCGUGUAGAAUACGUUGCUGCUCGAGUUGGUUGGGAAAUAGAGAAGGAAAUGCUACGCAUCCCCAGUACGAGAAAUGCAGCGAUAAUAGGGAUCAAUAAUGCACACCUUCCUUCAUGGCCAACACAAGAAGUUUACGAUACCAUUCUCGAUGAUGGAGGAGCUGACGGAUGGGUUGAGAAUACUAUGGCUCUAAUGAAAAGGUCCCCCAGAGGUCAUUGA